AUGGAAGGGUCUUCACAGAGCGUAUCAAACUCUCUGCCGGUAAUAGCAUCGAAGGCAGACAAAAAGACAGAUCUCAAUGAUGGAUUGCCGGCUCAAAAUGAUGAAGAAGAGCUUGUCUACGACUUCCAAGCUUUUAUUGCACAGUUGAAGGACCCACAGGCAGACCCCAUUCUUAGGUAUACACGGUCGUUUUUGAAUAAUUUUACUACAAAGAAGGGUCUUUGGACGUGUGAGGAACAGCAAAAACUGAUAGAUGACUUCAAGGUCUUCGUGUAUGGAAAACUAGUGUUGUAUGAGCCUUUCAAGUCUCUCGAUGGUGGCAAGCUGCUAAACGCAAAGGAGGGGAUCGAAAAGCUGAUUAUGGGGAAGCUUCACAAUCAAUGCUUUUCGCCCUGUGUUGAAAAUCGAUUCCACGAAAAAAUGGACGCAAGCCACCGAAAAGACUUGGAACGCGACGAGGAGUUAAGGCUGAAAAGGGACGAGUAUAGCUUUAUUGAGCCCGAAAUGCUGGAAAUACCCAAAACUCUCUCACAGCGUCUACAUAAGUUCACACGACUCGCGGGAAGAGAACUGGUUCGCAUCAACGAGUACAAAGCGCCCCGUGACAAAAUGGUAUGUGUGCUUAACGCAUGCCGUGUUUUGUUCGGGUUUCUAAAACACUCGGGGCUUGAAAAUGGCGGGGCCGAUGCUUUCGUCCCAGUUCUCGUGUACACGCUGCUGAAAAGUGACGUGCACAAUUUGUUUUCGAAUCUAAAUUAUACAGAGCGGUUUCGAUUCUCGGAGUUUCUUCGCGGUGAAAGUGCAUACUAUUUGAGUAGCGUGCAAGGAGCAGCCGAUUUUGUUGCGCAUUUGGGACGUGAUUCGCUUCACAUACCGGAUAAACUCGUAUUUGAGGAACAGUACACUCAACAUCAGGAACUCCUGGAACAGAAACAAAACCUCAUGAAGCAACCCGAUACUAGUGCCAUUUCGGAAGCUGGUGCCUCGAAGGAGAUGGCGCAACCUACUAGUCAUACUCCUGCGCCCUCUGAGUACAUUCGUCGACCUCUUGACGAAGCAACUUCCGCUAUCAUAUCCAAAGUUUCCGAGCUGUUCGUCUCCUCUCCUCCCGCUGAGACCACGGGUGUUCAGAGGGAACAAGCUUCUGCGAUUUCCCAGCUGGCGGAUGAAGCCGACCCUGCUGUCCUUGCACAGGAGUUGGAAAAACAGGAAAACCAGCGUGUUUUAGACGAACUGCACACAAUGUUCCCAGACAUGGACCAGGAUCUAAUACACGACGUAUGUGAAGCCACGAAGUACCGUAUCGGUGUGUGUGUUGAUGUUUUACUGACGUUGUCGUCCUAA